AUGAAUAACAACGAGAUUAGAGGACAGAUAUCUGGAAUGACAUUGGCAGGAGAACUUGGGAUGCCUCAAUUCACACCAAUGCCAGAGUGUCAAUACAAUCAUGUAGUGUUUGUACUACAUGGUAUUGGAAAGCAUGAUGAGAGUACAAGUUAUUACUCAAACGUGGAAAAGAUGAGCAAGAAGUUCGAUGGUCUAAAUCCUUGCUUUGACAACAAAGUAAAGUUCAUCGCCAUUGAAUGGCAUGAGGAUCUACACAAAAAGUUGGAAGAGAGUCAAUUGGAAUCAGUUAGACCUGGCGGAGUACCUUCUCUGCGUAACUUUGUAAAAGAUAACUUUAUGGACUUGUUGUUGUGGGCAUCACCAUUCUAUUCAUCAUUCUUAUACACAUUGGUAACAUGCAAGUUCAAUCAAGCAUAUGUUACAUUCAUGGAUCACUAUCCCAAUUUCAAGGGCAAGAUAUCCAUCUUGGCACACUCAUUGGGCAGUGUCAUAAUCUACGACAUACUUUGCAAUCACAUGCGUGAGAAUCAAUGGGCCAAGACAGACUCUGGAAACAUCUCAUUAUGGAUGAAGAUGAAGGAUAUGAAAGAGAGAUGUAGAGAUGAAAAGAUGAAACAUAUUGAAUGGAAGGACCUUUACUUUGACGUUUAUAACUUAUACCUUAUUGGUUCACCAUUGGCAAUGAUGCUUGGUGUCCGUGGAUACAGCGAUGGAAUACCAAUCCCCAAUUGCAUAAAUAUUUGGAAUAUAUAUAAUGAACAUGAUCCAGUUGCAUACUUAAUUGAGCCAUUGAUAGAUAAACGAUUCACUGAACAACCAGUACAACCAUUACCAAGGGUUAGCAAGAGGAGGAGACAUAGAAAGAACAAAGAGUUACGUGCACAAAAUAGUGGUGGCGAGCUGAGGCCAUCAUUGUCAACGCCAGAGCUCCGCGGCUUGUCCGCACCGGCAGUACCAGGCUCAGAGAGUAACUCCAACUCAUCAGAGUCGAGCGAGGAUGACAGUAGCGAAACGAUUACCAUCCAGACUGGCGUCAACACUCCAGAGUUGACAAUGAUGGAGGAGGGAUCGUCCCAUCAAGCGUCACUAUAUCUACAACGUACCAAAAGAUUGAACAUCUCACUAUUUGCCGGCAUACGUUAUGACUACCGAUUCAAGCCCAAAGGAAUACGAACGUUGACAGAGAUAAGCUCCAUCCUAUCUGCACACUCAUCCUACUGGCUCUCGAAGCACAUUCUCAACUUUAUUGGCAUCAACCUGCAACUGGAUCCUUCAGAAUUGCACAAACCAAACGAAUGA